AUGUUGUCGCGCGCUGCACUGUCUCGAGCUGCUGCUCUUCUUGUUCGCACAAAGCCCACCGUUGGCUCGCGUCCAUUGGGCACCCUAUCACGCCCUCGUUUCGCCGCGUCUCCCCUCCAGAUCCGAAGCGCCUCGCAUGUGAACAACUUCAACCGAUGGUUGUCUACAAAGUCUGCUGCCGACGAGGCCAUCGAGGAGAUUACUGAGCUGUACUCUACAGCUAGGGAUGAGGUAUGUCUUGUCAAGUACCUCACACGACAUUUCGAAGCUAACACGAGUUCANNGUUCGAGAUGGCCAUGGAAGAGACCGAGAACAAGACCAUUUAUGCCGAAGCCGACCGCGAGGCUGCAAGAGAGGAGUUGACAAGGGUCCAAGAAGCAUACAGAAGCAUCGUCGAGGGCGCUGAUACAGAAUUGGCCGACGAGGUCAAGAGGAGAAUUGGUCAGAGAAUCCGCGAACUCGAGGCCGGCGUGAAGAACAUGGAAGACAUAGCCAUGAACCAGGAUUAG